AUGGCGUACAUUCCAUGGAAAGUCUCAGGAUUGCUCAUAGGAGUGGAGAAUAUGAUCGUUCGUAACCUCGAAGCUACGGCGGACUGGUGGACCAAUUCUGUUUACUGCAAUAGAGAACGUGUGCGUCGUGGUGCCACUGUGGAAAAAAUUGUAUAUAGGGCGAUUCACCAGGUUAUACUUGAAGCUGAGCAAGAACGCCAGCUAAUUACCUGA